AAGGAAGUAUUAGGUUUCUAUAAAAAGAAAGCCUCUGAGCAGAUUGAAUAGAAAAUUCCAUGGAAAUAUGAUCCAGAAAGAAGGAGAUGGAAAGUGAUUAGAGUCAGCUUCUCAGUUGGGUGACUGGAAAUUAAUUUUUAGAGUGAUGUUUUGCAGUGUGACAGUUCAGAAUUAUAUACUUGUGGGAGCUCAUUAUCAGAAAGAAAUGAAGAUGUAAGAGAUUUUUUUUAUGCUGGUCUCAAAAUGUCAACAGUGUAAUGGUUGAACAGGAACUUGAUUUUCCUCACACAAAAAUGGCAUUUCUGCGAGCUUCUUCCGAUGGCUUGGAGACAGCUGUACCCCACACAAGGAUAGAGGAUGAAUCUGUUAUCAAGCAACUAUACCAGUUUGAACAAGAUCUGGGAAAAGGCAGCUUUGGCGUUGUUAUCCAAGCCACACACAUUCCCACAGACACCAAGCGGGCCAUCAAAAUACUGAACAAAGAAAAGGCUGGAAGCUAUGCUGUAAAGAUGUUGGAGAGGGAGAUUGCCAUCUUGAAGAUGGUGAACCACGAACACGUCAUUAAACUAGAAGAAGUUUACGAAACCACAAAGAAAGUCUAUCUGGUUAUUGAAUUCUGCAAGCUCGGGGAGUUGAAGAGAAUUCUGGCAGAGAAAGGCCAUCUGACUGAAUCCGAAACGAAGCACAUUAUCUCCAGCUUGGCAAGUGCAAUCUUUUACCUCCACAAAAAUGAUAUUAUUCACAGGGAUCUGAAGCUGGAAAACAUCCUGGUGAAAAGUAAUGACAACACAGAUGAAGAACUAAAACUUAACAUCAAAGUGACAGAUUUUGGCUUGUCCGUGUUGAAAGAUGGUGCUGGAGUUGGCCGUGAAUCAAUGUUACAGGACACCUGUGGUACACCUUUAUACAUGGCCCCGGAAAUCAUCAAUAACUAUGACUACAGUCAGCAGUGUGAUCUCUGGAGUAUUGGCAUCAUUAUGUACACUCUGCUGUGUGGUCAGGCUCCUUUUACAGCUGCAACAUCAGAAAAACUGUAUCAGGAAAUCACAAAAGGAGAGCUGGAUUUUUCUCACUCAUCUCUGCAGUCACUUAGUGAGAGCGGUCACUGUGUGUUAAAAGGCCUUCUAAUAGUAGAUCCAGCCCACAGAAUGACAGCUAGUGAACUGCUAAAUCACCAUUGGAUAACAGGAGAUGCCAGUAAGAAAGAAAGACCCAAAAAUGUAUUGGAAAUGAUGAAACAAUGGAAUCUAGAAGCAAACAGCGAGGGUGAGGAAACGAUUGAAGAGAAUGGAGAGGAUGAAGACAACUUAGCUUGUCCAGCAGCAGACACCAAUGCCAAUUUGAAUCCUGAUAAGCUUACAACAAAGUCAACAGGCCCAAGGCAGAAGCGUUAUUCCUUCGACAGCUCGCCACUGCACACUGCUUCAGGAUCUAAACAGGCUCCACAGUUAAGUAGAAAAGGACGGAGGAAGUCUGAAUCUGCAGCAAAUUCAAGAAUAUUUAACAAAGUAAACACCCACCAUACUCUGCUUAAAAGAUAACCCCUUACCAAGGAAACCUAUCAUCUAACACCAGGGUGCCAGAGUUAAAGCCAUUGCACAAAAUGGAACAAUUUUUCAGCAUCAAAUCAAUUGUCAACACUCAUCUUCCUUGUUAAAUUAUUUACCUGGAGUGUCAUUCUACAAAACAGUGUCAGCUUUUCACCUCCAGAAUUUGCCAACUUUUCCUAACAGAGGGAUAAAACUGGGUCCCACCCCUUUAAGAAAUGCAGUCUCUUGUGAUCACAAUCUGUAUGGGUCGUGCCCAUGGUUUCUUUUAAAUGAACCUGCCUCAGCUGAUAUUAAUCCCAAAUCUUCUUGCUGUUUGAAAACCGUCCAAAUUUUUACCCACGAACCAGAAAAACCACACAGCUGUGGAAAUCUGAGGUUUUAAAAGAGAGUUUAAAUUUUAAACAGUGACUGAUUAUUCUGCCAAAUGUUCUAGCUUUUGUUUCAAAUUAGCCUGUCGGAGAGGGGAGCCUUUAAAAAGCUUCUCACCUCCUGCUUCAUAGGUUUAGUCUAUGACAUCUCAGCGUGGGUUUGCUCUGGCAUGGCACCGUCUCCAGUCACUGUAAUUGGCUGAUUCUCUAUUGAUCUCACCAGCUGCCAGUUUAUCCCAGCUCUCUAAAAUCUGUGCGACUUUUCCAUGUGCAAGCCCUGCUUGAGACACAGCAUGAGGCCUCUGUUCAACCCAAAGAAUAGUUACUCCUUUUUAACAACUUGGCUUCUUAUUUUGGAAAGCAACUGUUCAAUGUAAGAAUGUUUUAUUUACUGUUAAUCUUCGUUGACGUCCAAAUUCUUAUCACACUUAAGUAUUUGACAUCCUGAAAGUAUGCUUCAUUUAGGACAAAAAUGUGAAUUUAUCUGCAAUUGUGCAGUGAACAGCACAGAGUGGGAAAAAUAUCACAAUUAAAUGGAUGAGAAAUGAAAGUUUAUCGUUCAGUUUUUGCUUUAAAAAGAGCCUAAUUACA